AUGGCAGAUACCAACAAGACUACAUCUUCAUGCUGUCCUUCUCGCUCUCCCAAGAUGCAGAUUCCGCAGACCAAUAUGUUCCUAGAAGACUUGAAAACCACACUGCUCGUCAACAACAUACAUUGUGCCUCCUGCGUGGCCUACGCAAAGGAAGUCUUAUAUGUCCUGCCCCAUAUCAGAAGCGUCGAGGUCUCCAUCCUUGCGCACGAAGUAACAGUUCACCACAGCCCCGAGACGACGACAUCUGACCUUGUGAAGGCCCUUGCUGAUGCCGCAUUCGAAGUCUUUCAUGCCGAUACAUACAACGAAUCCGGAGUAAAGGUUGGCAAUUUGGAAUCUUCUUCGCCGCUGGGUAGUAGUUGGCUUGAAUCUGGUCUCCUCAACUCUCCUCGACCUCUAAAGGUCAGAGGACGGUUGCGUGCCACUUCUCCUGAGCGGAAGUCGCUUCAUAUUGCAAAUUGCCUGGUCUGCAGGCAAGAAUUCGGGGCUGGUUCUAGUUUAGACCAUAAAGGAGCCGAAUCGGAACCUCGCACAGUUCAACAGAAACAUGCCACGGAUACAGAGACACCAAAGCGAACGCCAACUCCUCGGCUAUCCAGACCAGCAUCUAGAUCUCGAUCAGUCGCUGCGCCGGUAGCGCCGCUUCCGUUAACGAAAGCUGUGGGAAUCCCCCCACCAGCUCCUAAUGAAGAAGUAUAUGACGCCCAACUGACCAUUGGUGGAAUGACAUGCGCUUCCUGUGCCAACGCUGUGACAGCUGAACUAAAAUCAUCAGAUCAUGUCAUUUCGGCUACUGUAAGCCUACUCACAAACAGCGCAGAGGUAUCAUUUACUGGCCCAAAGGAAAAUAUCAAUAAGAUUGCCAGUCAAGUCAAGGAUAUCGGAUUCGAAGCCUCCGUCGAAAAAGUUUCACUUAAAGAGGGAGCUCCCAAGGAUGUCUACCUCGCGAAUGUCAGCAUCAAGGGUAUGACUUGCAGCUCCUGCGUGGGAGCCGUUACCAGGGCUCUAGACGCUUGUCCAUAUGUGACCAGUACGACUAUACAUCUGCUGGGAAAUUCAGGGAGGAUUGAAUUUCAUGGGAAAGAGAAUCUUAAUGAUAUCAUCAGCAGGAUUGAAGACCUAGGAUUUGAAGCUACAAUCGUUGACUGCGGCCCUCUUGGAGGUGGCCCUCACACUCUUGACGAGGGUACCCAGACGAGAACUAUUCAGAUCAAGGUCGAUGGAAUGUUUUGUCCACAUUGUCCGCAAAGGAUAGUGGAUGCCCUCAAACGACUUUCAGACGGCGCUGUGACUAUUGAUGAUGAACUCACCUUACAGAACCCAAUACUCACGGUCUCAUAUACCCCAAACUCCCCCUCAAUGACUAUACGAAAUAUUAUCGCCACGAUUGAUUCCACAAACGAGGUUUUCCAGGCAAGCGUGUAUCAUCCGCCUACAAUCGAAGAUCGUUCUCGAGCCAUGCAAAUGCACGAACAAAGGCGACUACUUAUCCGUCUUCUAUUCACUUUCAUCGUAGCUAUCCCUGAGUUCCUCAUCGGUAUACUCUGGAUGUCGCUAGUUCCACCGUCGAAUAGCAUUCGAAAGUAUUUUGAGCAGCCAAUGUGGAUAGGUUCGGUCUCUCGUACGGAAUGGGCGCUUUUCAUCUUGACCACCCCCGUCAUGUUUUUUGGUACAGACGUGUUCCAUGCUCGUGCAUUCAAAGAGAUCCGCGCUCUGUGGAGGCCUGGCAGCCGCGUUCCUAUUCUUAGGCGAUUCUAUCGUUUUGGGAGUAUGAACAUGCUUAUUUCUGCCGGAACGAUGGUAGCAUAUUUUGCAUCCUUGGCUGUCAUAAUUAUGAAAGCUCGCAUCCCCGCCGAUGAGCACGAAUCAGGAGAAAUAGCUACCUAUUUUGAUACGGUUGUGUUCCUCACUCUUUUCAUCCUGGUUGGCCGUGCUCUUGAGGCAUACAGUAAAGCGAAAACUGGAGAUGCCGUUGCCAUGCUGGGCAAGCUUCGUCCAUCUGAAGCUACGCUAGUCCUCAACCAUGAUCCUGCCGACGAAGUGAACCCGAAUAACAGCACUAUUCAACGUGUGGCGGUUGACCUAUUGGAUAUCGGGGACGUUGUCCUGGUCCCCCAUGGAGGAUCACCUCCAGCUGAUGGCAUUGUUACUGGGAGUGAUUCUUAUAAAUUUGAUGAAAGCUCCCUAACUGGAGAAUCGAUGCCCGUCAAGAAAUCUAAAGACGACAAAGUAUUCUCUGGUUCAGUCAAUGUCGGGCGACCUGUGUCCAUCCAGCUUACCGAUCUAGGAAGCACAUCCAUGCUUGAUCAAAUAGUCGCGGUUGUACGAGAAGGUCAGGCAAAACGAGCACCUGUUGAACGAGUUGCAGAUGCUAUAACUGGGUAUUUUGUGCCGAUGAUCACUUUGAUUGCAAUUUUGACGUUCGUUAUCUGGCUCAGCUUGGGGCAAUCUGGUGUUCUCCCUCCCGAAUAUCUAGACUCGGAACAAGGUGGUUGGCCAUUCUGGAGCUUGCAGUUUGCCAUUGCUGUCUUUGUUGUAGCAUGUCCCUGUGGACUUGCGCUGGCCGCUCCUACCGCUCUCUUUGUCGGCGGGGGACUUGCAGCAAAACGAGGAAUCCUUGUCAGAGGUGGUGGGGAGGCCUUUCAAGAAGCAAGCAGGCUGGACACCAUCGUUUUCGACAAAACAGGCACCCUUACUGAAGGUGGUGCCCUUCGAGUCUCCGAUCAUGAGGUUCUAAUCAGUGAUGAGCACGACAGGCAGAUUGCAUGGGCUCUAGGGAAAGCGCUAGAAGAAAGCAGCACCCAUCCGAUUGCUAGGGCUAUCGUCGAAUUUUGCGCUGACCGAACAACCGCCACCGUUAAGCAGUCUUCCAUUGAAGAAAUCCCAGGCCAUGGAAUGAAGGGAGUAUUCACAGUCCAUAUUGACGGCAGCGAUGAGGGACUUGAGUACGAAGCAUCGAUUGGUAACCAGCGUCUAGUCGAGCGUUUGGGCAGCGAAGAACCGGAUCUAUUCUAUUUGCCCAACAUACUAUCAAGAUAUCACUCAGCCGGUAAAUCAUCUGCAAUUCUUUCCAUUCGCAAAUCAAAUGAACCGACAAAGCUCGUACCAGCCAUCAUUUUUGCAACUUCGGACCCCCUUCGUCGCGAAGCUGCACAAGUGAUCUCCCAACUUCAAGCUAGAAAUGUCGAUGUACACAUGUGCACCGGAGACAACGCAAUAACAGCCCACGCUGUAGCCUCGGUGCUUGGAAUUCCCAGAUCGAACGUCAUGGCCAAUGUUCUCCCUUCUCAGAAGGCAGAAUAUAUCAAGAAAGUUCAGAAUAACGAGUUAGGAGUCAUGGCCCAAGGAACUAAUUCUACCGAUCAGAAAAGAAAGAGAAACAUCGUCGCCUUCGUUGGCGACGGUACUAAUGAUUCUCCCGCCCUUGCUGCCGCUGACGUUAGUAUUGCAAUGGCAUCCGGGUCCGACGUUGCUGUCAAUGCUGCCGGAUUCAUACUCCUGAAUUCUGACCUAAACACAAUCCUUGACCUCUGCAAACUAAGUCGUCGUGUCUUUAACCGCGUGAGAUGGAAUUUCCUUUGGGCCGCAAUAUACAAUGUCUCCCUCAUUCCGGUUGCCGCUGGUGUCUUCUAUCCGAUCGUUACUGGGCAUAAGAUGCAUGAUGACGGGACCAUUGUCAACACCCAUUGGAGGUUGGAUCCGGUAUGGGCAGCGCUUGCAAUGGCAUUAAGCAGCGUGUCUGUUGUUUGUAGUAGUUUGGCUCUUAGGGUAGAGUUUACAGCCGGGAUUAGGAGGCUUCUUGGGAAAACGAGUCACUAG